AUCACUAGUCUUGUUUCAGGGAACUGGUGGGUGUAAAGCUUGAGGAUUGCUAGUAUAAUUUCGUCACUGGCAGAGGAAAUAUAUAUAUAAAUGUAGAGAGAGAGAGAGAGAGCUGGCAAGAUGAGGGCGAAGCCUACAUUGUCCUGAUGUCGUUGUUGUCUACUGAUCCACCGUUACAGCGUCAUUUCUUACCCUAUUUUGCGUCUUUUCAUUUUAGCAUUUUCCAUUUUUACAACUUCGUCUUUCUGCAUUUAGGAAGUUGGUGUCAGUGCGUUUCGAGCUGUCCACCUACAUGCAGGUGCGAGUCUUUGUAACUAGGCGGAGCACUAAUGUCUCCUGGUCUUAAAAGUGUAGUUUGCAUGUUCCGUGGCGGCAGAGUAGACAAUAUCGCACUCUACACCCGUUGCUGCUUGCAUCAAUUCCUAGGCCUUGAGUCUGCUUAGGUUCGGUGUUGAUGUGCGCGUAAUGAUGUUAUUGCUCUAAGGGGCAGGGUUUGCUUUUGAGAAAAAUAGGUAGAGGUUAAACUCUGAGGAGACGGAAGUAGUGGCGAUAGCUUAGUGGGUGUGGGGGGAACAGUGUCUUUGCAUGACUUUGGGGGCGAGUGUCGAAUUCGGUGGGACUGUCUACGGGGGAAAUAAGAGUGAAAGUGGGGAUAAUGGCUGUGAUAUGAUGCUUCGAUGUUUUUUGUCGGAGCGGAGGGUCGAGGAGAGUCAACUCAUGCCGUCCUGUCAGUUUUCUUCCUUUCUUCCCUCUUUGAAGACAGUAGGGGCUUCCAUGGUGGGCGCCGAAUUUCGUGACGAAUAGUGAGAAGUCAAUUUUUGAGCUUCCAGGUCAUUGCGAUUGCCGUCAGACGUUUUUUUUUUUGUUUUUUUGGAUGCUUUUAGACUUGCUGUGGCUGUAGCAGCUAUUGCGGCGCAGGAAAAGGAUGGGGAAUGCUAACCCGAUGUGGGCAGCGGACGGAAGGCGGGCGGACUUGAGGGAAAGGCACUCGAUUAGGGCGUUUGGGGUGAAAUAAUUGAUAAUUAGAGUUGAAGGUUAAGGGGCAAUGUAGUUUUACGGGAGAAUAAUGGCUGUGGGCAGGUUGGACAUCGUCGGUAGAGUAUCUUCAGGACACAGAGAGGUGGGCGAUGAGCUUAGUAGACGAGGGGACUUACACAGUUCUAUGGACGUGCGAAAGAGCAUAUUGGGAGCCAUUGCGAGCAUGAGGGAUGCGAGGCUGGGUAUCAGUUCGUAAGUCUGCCGCGCAAUUGCAAUUGCAGGAUGAGACACUCGAUGCUUGGGACUUUGCUUGCUGUGCAGAUUUUAUUUAUCCAUUUUCCCUCUACGCAGGAGAACAUUGUGAAGAUUAAACUAUAGGUUAGAGUGCUGCGUCUUCUUCUGCAGAUAUACUCGUACUCUUGAUCUCAAGUCUCCUCUUCCUCUCACGUACCUACUUCUACAUACUGACGUUUUCAGUAUCCGCAACUUUGUGUCUCAUAUCGAGAGCAUUAAUCGCAUCGUUCUAAAUUAGGGCCGAACUAGCAAGAGGUGAGGAUGUCUGCUCUGUAUUUAGGGGUUGCACGAGAACAAUCCUUUCCUCCUUCGCCCCUACUAAGUCAUCAUCCUCCCCCUUCGCAGAUGCGACAAUUGCAACAACUAAGCCCUAGCAAACCCCACAUCAACCCUAGUGUCCUAGUGAUAGUCAUUAUCUUAAGUGUUGUAUUCUUUUGCUCCGGUGUACUCCAUAUUCUCGCUCGAUGCUUGGGAAGGCGACGGACGAGGGCGCCCGCAGGCGAACUCCAUAGUCCCGGCAACUCCAUCCGCGGUCAGCUGCAGCAUCUCUUUUCCAUGCAUGAUUCUGGCGUGGAGCAGGUUUUCAUCGACACACUCCCCGUAUUCUUGUAUGGGUCUAUCAGAGGUCUCAAAGAUAGCGCAGAUUGUGCAGUUUGCUUAAACGAAUUCGCCAAUGAGGAUAAGCUGCGACUCCUACCCAAAUGCAAACAUGCGUUCCACAUGGAGUGCAUUGACACAUGGCUGUUGUCGAAUUCGACAUGUCCUUUAUGUCGAAGGAGCCUUCUUCCUGAAGCGGAACCCGUUUCUCCACCCUCAGAGAGUAACAGGGAGUGCACUGCCGUAGGCUUGCACGAAGAGCAAGGAAACAGUCAGCCGCAACCCUCCCAUGGUAGUUUUCGAGGGAGUUUCCGAGCGAGUCUUCGAGGCAGUUUUCGCUUCAUCACGGAUGUCGUUGCACCGCUGCCACCGGCGCCACCCCCACCAUCUGUGAGGGAAGUUGCACCAUCUGUGCCAAACCCUUCAGUGACAGAGAUUCAAACACCCCCAAUGACUCCUGGACCCACUGUCUCCGUUACUGAACCAGACGGCUCUGAGAAAUUGUUGAGGGUAGAGUUGGGAAAGGUGAACACCGAUUCCAGGAGAAUCACUCGUGAUGUGGGCACUUCUAGAAUGCCGAGAUCCUACUCUAUGGGUUCGUAUGAGUACGUGGUGGAUUUCUCCAGUUUGGAGCUUGCAAUGGAGCUAACGCCUGUGUCAGGCCACGCUCAAGACUGGCCACCUGCCAAACCAACCCACAGAAGCGCUCAUUCGGACAAUAUACCUGAGCUUGUAAAUGGAAGCCACACGCCAGGCAAGGAAGAUACGUUCUGGGCGAGUCGAGGGUUAGACACUCCUACUAGCUUGUCCAGAGUUAGGGAGAUUAUGACUCCGAGUCCAGAAUGGCGUUCGUCGCCGUUGACAUUUGGAUUCCAAAGUGUCUCCCCUAACUCUCAACAGGAGGAGGUUACUGGGACCAACUCGCAGCAGGUUGUUACCAUUGACCAUGAGGAUUGUGAAGAGCAUGAAGAAAUACAGGUUUUAUCCAAGGUCAAAUGUUCAGGUUCAUAUGCCUACGCUCCGGCUGAGCAGAAGGAAAUGGAGAUUUCUGGAGCCGAUGAUCGGGCGCUGGAUGGAGGGGCUGAAGCUUCGCAAGAAGGAUCACUUUCUCUCAGGCUAUUUCCCAGCGAGGAAAGAGUGGAGGCUUCUUCAUUGCAAUCGACUCCUGUGUCGGGGAAUGCUGGAAUACAGGAAUUUGUAGCUGCAUCGAGAAAGGAUAAGGUGUGGGAAGUCUCGGUAGAUGUGACCGUCCCUCCGACCUCCUCUGAUGGCAGCUCCGUCGGUAAGUCACCGCAUUCAAAGAAAUCAUCCCCACUGAAUUGGCUGAGAGGCAGAGGCAGGCGGUUAGUGUACUCUGCAGCUAGUCCAUCUGCUGGCACGCAAUCCACAGAAAAUGAAGUACAAUAGCUUGUGUUGUCUCCCAAUUAUGAACAGUUUCAGAAGAUUUGAGAUGCAAGUAUCUGGUCGCUGGAAGUUGUAAUGAUAACUCGCCGUUUUAGAGACUCGCCCACCGAUCUUGCCAUAUGAAUUUUUAUUUUUUUACUGAAUACAUAAAUUGUGAUCUUAGAUAGAUAGAGACUAUAAGCUUCAAAAUAGGAUCGUGUACAUGAUACUGCAGAUGUAAUUCCCGCCAAGUUGGGCAAGUCCAGAAGGAAUUCGCUGUAUUGUAAAGCACGUGUGUUCUGGUUUGUUCUUAUUCGAUCGAUGCUUGUACCUUUCUGAGUGUUCAGUUAGUACAGGUACCUAUUUAGGCAGGUGAGCUGGUUUCUUAUCUAGAUAUAUUUUGGUGAACGAGCAUGGUCAGUGGGUGAUAUGACGAAGAACGUCGUUGUACAACCUUUGAGUUCUCAAGCCGUACCAUGUUCUUAAGCAAAAUUGUCUGACGAACUAUGUGGCAAUUGGAAUGUUAAUCUUAGCGUCCUUUCUCA